AUGUGUCCAUUGUGCAUGGAACCUUUCGACCCGGACGACCUGAACUUUUAUCCAUGCAAAUGCGAGUACCAGAUAUGCCGAUUCUGCUGGCAUCGGAUUCGAACGGACGAAAAUGGCUUAUGUCCGGCGUGCCGUCAGCCGUACCCUGAAGACCCGGUUGAUUUUCGACCACUGUCGUCCGAAGAGCUGCUGAAGAUGAAAAGUGACAAAAAGUUGAAAGAGCAGAUUCGGAAACAGAAGAUGUCUGAAAGCAGGAAGCAUCUGGCUGCGUUGAGGGUUGUUCAGAAGAACCUGGUGUUCGUUGUCGGCCUACCGGCAAAAGUCGGCGAGCCGGAAAUGCUGAAGAAGCACGAAUAUUUCGGCAAGUUCGGCAAGAUUCACAAAGUCGUCGUCAACAGCAAUCCUCAGCACUCAUCGCAGGGUUCCACCGUCAGCGCGUACGUCACCUACUGCCGAGUGGAAGAUGCGCUGAAAGCCAUCCAGGGGGUGAACAACGCUCAGAUCGAUGGUCGAACCGUCAAGGCGUGUCUCGGUACCACAAAGUACUGUGCUAACUUCCUUCGCAACCAACCUUGCCAUAAACAGUUGAGUCUCAUGCGAUCGAGAUACGCUGAAUAA